ACACACCAUGAUGAUACAAAUACCUUAUUUGAGACGCUCAGUUAUUCUCUCUCAGGGGCUGGAAGCAGCCACAAGGGGUGAAGGAGGGAGCUGGAGGAACAUAUCUUUUAAGGAAGAAGACAGAUUCUGUUCUGUCAGGUUCCUCUGAGUGUGUGUAAGAGCAAGUCAGAGGAGAGAGAGAGAGAGGAAAAGGCAGAGGGAGAGAGGGGGAGAGGGGAUCUGUUGCAGGCAGAGGAAGGCGUGACCUGAAUGGAGAAUGCCAGCCAAUUCCAGAGACACACAGGGACCUCAGAACAAAGAUAAGGCAUCGCUGACACCACACCGGGGACGAGCUCGCAGACAAGUCAGGCCGGGGGGACCAGGCAGCCAGGAGCACCCAAGACAGGAAAAUGAGGUGGCUCCUUCUCUGUCAUGCUCUGUGCUUCUCCUUGUUGAAGGCUUCGGCCCACAUCGUGGAGCUUAACAAUAUGUUUGGCCAGAUCCAGUCGCCUGGCUAUCCAGACUCCUAUCCAAGUGAUUCGGAGGUGACUUGGAAUAUCACUGUCCCAGAGGGAUUUCGGAUCAAGCUUUACUUCAUGCACUUCAACUUGGAAUCCUCCUACCUAUGUGAAUAUGACUAUGUGAAGGUAGAAACUGAAGACCAGGUGCUGGCAACCUUUUGUGGCAGGGAGACCACAGACACGGAACAGACCCCUGGCCAGGAAGUGGUCCUCUCCCCUGGCUCCUUCAUGUCCAUCACUUUCCGGUCAGAUUUCUCCAAUGAAGAGCGAUUCACAGGCUUUGAGGCCCACUACAUGGCUGUGGAUGUGGACGAGUGCACGGAGCGGGAGGACGAGGAGCUGUCCUGUGACCACUACUGCCACAACUACAUCGGCGGCUACUACUGCUCCUGCCGCUUCGGCUACAUCCUCCACACCGACAACAGGACGUGUCGAGUGGAGUGCAGUGACAACCUCUUUACCCAGAGGACCGGUGUGAUCACCAGCCCCGACUUCCCUGGCCCUUACCCUAAGAGCUCCGAAUGCCUCUACACCAUCGAGCUGGAGGAGGGUUUCAUGAUCAGCCUGCAGUUUGAGGACAUUUUUGACAUUGAGGACCAUCCUGAGGUGUCCUGCCCCUAUGACUACAUCAAGAUUAAAGCUGGUCCAAAAGUGCUGGGGCCCUUCUGUGGGGAGAAAGCCCCAGAACCCAUCAAUACCCAGAGCCACAGUGUCCAGAUCCUGUUCCGCAGUGACAACUCGGGCGAGAACCGGGGCUGGAGGCUGUCAUACAGGGCGACAGGGAAUGAAUGCCCCAAGCUGCAGCCUCCCGUCCAUGGGAAACUCGAGCCCAUGCAAGCCAAGUACUCCUUCAAGGACCAGAUGCUCAUCAGCUGUGACACAGGCUACAAAGUGCUGAAGGAUAAUGUGGAGAUGGACACAUUCCAGAUCGAGUGUCUGAAGGACGGGACAUGGAGUAACAGGAUUCCCACCUGUAAAAUUGCAGACUGUGGAGCCCCGGCAGAGCUGGAAAAUGGGCUGGUCACCUUUUCCACCAGGAACAACCUUACCACAUACAAAUCUGAGAUCAGGUACUCCUGCCAGCAGCCCUACUACAAGAUGCUGAACAGUAUCACAGGUGUAUAUACCUGUUCUGCCCAAGGAGUCUGGAUGAAUGAAGUCCUAGGGAGAAGCCAGCCCACCUGCCUACCAGUAUGUGGGAUUCCCAAGUUCUCCCGGAAUCUGAUGGCCAGGAUCUUCAGUGGACGCCCAGCCCAGAAGGGCACCAACCCCUGGAUUGCUAUGCUGUCACACCUGGAUGGGCAGCCCUUCUGCGGGGGCGCCCUUGUAGGCUCCAAGUGGAUUGUGACCGCAGCUCACUGCCUUCACCAGCCACUGGAUCCAGAAGACCCAAUCCUACAUGACUCAGACUUGUUCAGCCCCUCUGCCUUCAAAAUCAUCAUGGGCAAGCACUGGAGGCGCAAAUCAGAUGAAAAUGAACAGAGACUCAGCGUCAAAAACAUCUUCCUCCAUCCUCUGUAUAACUCCGGCACGUUUGAGAAUGACGUGGCUCUGGUGGAACUAUCAAAGAGCCCGGUGCUGAAUGACUUUGUAAUGCCCAUCUGUCUGCCCUGGGGGCCACCGCAGGAAGGGACCAUAGUCAUCGUCAGUGGCUGGGGGAAGCAGUUCUUGCAGAGUUUCCCGGAGACCCUGAUGGAGAUCGAAAUCCCAAUUGUUGACCACCGCACCUGCCAGGAGGCCUAUGCCCCACUGAAGAAGAAUGUGACCAGAGAUAUGAUCUGUGCAGGGGAGAAGGAAGGGGGGAUGGACGCCUGUUCGGGUGACUCUGGAGGCCCCAUGGUAACCCUGGAUAUAGAGAGAGGCCAGUGGUACCUGGUGGGCACGGUGUCCUGGGGCGUGGACUGUGGAAAGAAGGACCGCUACGGAGUGUAUUCCUACAUCUUCCACAACAAGGACUGGAUCCAGAGGGUCACCAGGAUGAAGAGUUGAAUCCAGUCCUUCUUCCCCACCUCACCUGUCCGCGGUCAGUCAGCAACAGAGGACAAUUAUCUGAUGCAAGACCCUCCUCAACCUACACCCACCUCAUUCAGCCCAUCUAUUGCUGGCCACUGAAGGGGGCGUCUCAGCCCCCUUCUCGCUCUCUUCAAAGAAGCAGAGUCGCAGAGUGGUCAGAAUCCAGGUUGUAUCACUCACUAGCUUUGCAACACUGGGCAGGUGACUUCACCUCUUUGACAGUCAGUUUCUUCGUCCAUUUUACGGAAAUGGCAUACCUUACCUACCUCAUGAAAGUUUGAUGAGGAUCAAAUGAAUAUAUACAUAGCACUUAGCACAGUGCAGGCAUAAACUAAGUGCUCAAUAAACGUGACUUUAAAAAAAAUCUAAACAAAUAAACGUGGCUUAGCAGAAGGCCAGCACAUCCACCAGGCACAUUAAUUUCUCUUACAAACUCUGGCUGGGUCUUAGGGCUAAUCAGUGUGUACGCUUCUCGACCUUCACCAUUUCCUUCAUCUGCCCCCAUAUGCUCUAUGCUUCUUUGCUACCAUGCCUUUUGCCACCCCAACCCCCCUCCCAAUGAAAAGGUAAAAGAUACAAGGUUCUUAGUCUAUGGAAUGUCCUAUAGUGAUGCAUUUAUGACUUUGAUCUAGACACCAACUGUGAGAGUCAUUUCAGAAAAGAGAGUAGCAGGGGCAGGGACUGGGGAGACUGGGAAUGGUGAAUCGGGAAGUCAGACAGCAGAUUCUAGAACCAAUUCUGGCCCCAGCUCCCUGUGACUCUAUGCAAAGCCUUUCCCCUCUUCCCAAAGGACCCUCCCAGCUAUGACAAUCUAGGAACCAAUGAGCCACUUCUCCCUGAUGAGAUGAGUUAAAGCCAAAAUAACCAAAAGGCAAAAAUUGCCUUAGGUUCAAUAGAGCUUUAAUGCAGACCAAAUACUGCAGCUACCGCAAUGCCCACCCCUGUGCACCACAUCCUGGUGCCAAAGGACGUGGCCCAGGCAAAGCGCUAGCCAAGGCAUCUCUCCUUAUUCCUAAGCAGAGCAUCUGCUCAAGGCCCCAGCCUCCUUUUCUUCCUGGGAAACUGAGCUGCACAAGGUAGGCCCUGGGAGGCUAGAUUCAGACCCCUGUACUCUCUCUCUGCAUAUCCACAGCUGACCCUAAGCCACCAUUCCCCUGGUACCUCACCCCUGUUCCUCAUGCUAAACACCCCAGCCCUUCAGAGUCCCAUGUAUUUCCCAAGCAGAAUGCUUCUCCCCUCCAAGAGCCACCUCCUCUCUCAGGAAGCUUCCAGGGACCUCAUCCCCUCCAGAGUGUUGAGAUCUAAGCCCUUCAAGGGGUCAGAAGCCCCAAGUCCUUGUCUUCUGUUCUAUCAAAUGUGCUCUUUAUGGGGGAUUUCAGUUCUUGACCUGUACUGCAGCUGCUGGACUGAUUCAGGGUCUCUUACUGAAAGAAGAUACUGAGGAGUGAGGACCUGUGGAUGCUAAGCCCCAGGCUGAACACUCAGGCACAGCAAUUCACAGCCUGCCUUCUGAUUCUCUGAGCACAUCAUUCUACCUCUCUGUGCCCUGCUGUUUACUCUGUAAAGGGAAGAUGGCAAUGGCUCUCAACUGCACCAGGCAUUUGUCAGGCAAACUGGAGCUCUAUUUCAGACACCAAAGAGGAACUGCAAUGCAAAGUUUUGGAAUUGCCCUAAUGCAUUCCAAGCACCAUGCCUUCCCAUUUCACUGCCCCAUCUACCAGGCUGUGCUGACUGCUAUAGGGACCACGAAGAUGAUGCACACCUUCCAGGAGCUCCUACAGGAAGAACUGACACACACACAGGUGAAUACCAUGAAAAGAAUGAACUCUGUCAAGUGCGAUGUGUUGAAGCAGCACGGAGGUAGAAGAUAGGCCAUUACAGCAUGGAGCCAUUGGAGGAGAGGG